UAAACAAACAUGUCUCUGCUACACAAUGAGACCACGGACCUUAAUGAUACGUAGGCAGAUGGAAACAUGCGACGAUCUAUAAGAAACGUGCCAAACAUCCAGCUGUAGAUGGAGAGUCGAUGCACUGUGCAGUUGGUUAGCUGUGUGUAGCCCUUUGUGACCGUGUUUACACACUGCUAGCUUAGCUCCCCAGUCAGCUAGCAAAAUGGACCUUGGAACAAUGUUGUACAACAACUUAAAAGAUGUCACAUGGAGCACCACGUCUUUGCCAUUAGAUCAACUUGUCAGUGCUUAUAGGUUGCCUCAAAUUGCCAAGCUGGAUAACGGCCAGCUGGUUGAAGGGCUCAGAGACAAUGACUACCUCUUGAUUCAUUCCUGCCGUCAGUGGACGACUAUUACUGCUCACAGUCUGGAGGAGGGACACUAUGUCAUUGGGCCCAAAAUAGAGAUCCCAGUACACUAUGAAGGUCAGUUUAAGCUACUGGAGCAGGACAGAGAUGUCAAGGAGCCUGUGCAGUACUUCAACAGCGUCGAGGAGGUGGCCAAAGCAUUCCCUGAAAGGGUUUACGUCAUGGAAGAAAUAAUUUUCAAUGUUAAGAUACCAUAUGUCGUCUUUUCACAGAUGGCUUCAGGGGAAUGCAAUGAAGAUACCGAAGUUUACAACAUAACACUAAGCACCGGUGAUGAACUGACAUUAAUGGGCCAGGCUGAGAUCCUCUACGCCAAGACCUCCAAAGAAAAAUCAAGGUUCAACACAAUUUUUAAGAAGAUUGGGAAGCUAAACUCCAUCAGCAAGAUUGGUCGAAGCAAGAUGCCCUGCUUGAUCUGCAUGAACCAUCGCACCAAUGAGAGCAUCAGCCUGCCUUUCCAGUGCAAAGGCAGGUUCAGCACCUGUAGUCCACUGGAGCUUCAGAUGCAGGACGGCGAGCACAUCAUCAGAAACAUUGUGGAGAAAACCCGUCUCCCUGUCAACGUCACAGUACCCAGCAGUCCACCCCGCAACCAGCACGACCUCCACCUCAUCCGUGAGGGUCAUCGCUACAAAUUGGUCAACAUUCAGACGAAGACGGUGGUUGUGUGCUGCAUUCUGCGAAGCAACAAAAUUAUCCCCAUCCAUUUUCCCUUUCAUAUGGCCAUGCCUAGAUUUAUUAUUCCAGAAGAACUGCUGCAAGGAGAGUUGUGGCUAGAAACUAUGGUACAUCGCUGGUUCUCCUUUUGCCAGGAGCAGUUUGACAUAGACGACUAUUCUCGCGCCGUCCGGGAUGUGCGGACAGACUGGAACGACGAUGGGAAGAGCCCUAAGAAAAGCAGUGGGAAUGGCAGUUGCAGUGGAAACAGCGGAUGCAGCAGCAGCUCCAAUGGUUGUCCCAAUCAAAUGCAGAUUCCCAGCUCUUUAACUUACGCCCGGGAUGAGCUCACCCAGUCCUUCCACCGACUGUCCGUGUGUGUGUACGGCAGCAACCUGCACGGUAACAGCGAGGUCAAUUUGCAGGGCUGUAUGACACUAUGUGGAGAUUGGACUCUUCUGCCCUCUGACAGCAUCCCUUCAGAAUCAGGAGAAAAUGAACACUUUUUCCCCGAUCUGAUGGAGAGCACAAGCCAACAACCAGCCCUCAACAAGUCGGACGUUCCUUAUGAGGAGCUGUGGUUGGAUCAUCUGAGAGGUCAGAUCCCAAAACCUUCUUUAAGCGAGGGAACUCGAGGCAUCAACAAUGGCUGUAGUACAACAGCAGCCCUGUCAUACCAAGUGACUUCUCCUCUUGGUGCAACACCCAGUUUAGAUGUGUCUCUUACUCCACCACCAGUUCCACCCAAGUCUGAAGCUGUGAAGGAAGAAUGCCGUCUUUUGAAUGCCCCACCAAUUCCUCCACGAAGUUUGAAACAGAUGCCAUCGGUGCCCAUCCUGUCUAAACCACGGCAGCAAGAGACUCGGUCUCCAAGUCCAACCCUCUCCUAUUAUUCUUCUGGUCUCCACAACAUUAGUGGAGCAUCUGAGCAAGAGGCGGCCGACACACAAGAGCCAAGCCGAGUGUGCUACCCUUGUAAAUGGGUUAAAUCCAACAGCACUGAGCCAAACGCUACGGUGCCCUGUGGUAGCCUGCCUUCGGAUAUGAUGUCCUCCAGGUUGUCUUGGCCAAAUCAUUUCAGUGGAGGAGAAUCGCACAGCAUGGAGGAAUUUCUACCAGCCAGCUGUCGAAGUUACUACAGUUACCCCAGAAAAAGAUCCCUAAGCACCCCAAAAACCUGUACAACCAGCCUGGUUGACUUUGAUGCCCAAGAGCACGCACACAGCAGUAAGGACUUCAUGUUGCAGAAAGCUUCUCUGAAUCAAUUCUGCACUAAAUCCUCAAGUUACAACUCAGAAAUGUACAGGGACAAGCCAAUAGAAGAAUCUAACACCAAGCAGAGCCUCUCUUGCCCCAUCUUACCACCGAGAACACCAAAAUCUAAUGCCGUACAGGAGAGCACUGAUUUGCAGUCAGGCUCUGUCUGUGACAGUGAGCUGGAAAAUGCCAACUGCUCACUUACUCAACAUGAGCAGGGCACAAAAGACUUAUUAACUCAUAACUCACCAUCCUUUCCCCCCACUGCACAGUGGCAGCCCCCGUCCAGUCUGGCUGGCCUUUCUAUUGAGGAGGUGUCCAAAUCUCUUCGGUUUAUUGGCCUGCCAGAUGACAUUGUUUCUCUUUUUGUGUCUGAGAAGAUUGAUGGGAAUUUACUCCUGCAGCUCACUGAGGAGAUUUUGUCAGAGGACUUCAAGCUAAGCAAACUGCAGGUAAAGAAACUCAUGCAGUUCAUAAAUGGGUGGAGGCCCAAGAUAUAGCUAACAGUAUAUGACACUAAGUUCUGUUAUAAAGCAGAGAGUCAUGCUUUCAGUAUAUAUGCUAUGCACACCAGGCCACAAAGAGUUUCUUUUUGUGUAAUAUGAAUUUAUGUCUUUGUUACUAUAUUGUGGGGACUUAAAGUCUGUGACUGCUACUUACUUACUGAAUGAAACCAUUUGGCACUUUCAUGGAGACGUUUUCAUGUUGCCUACUAUGUACUUUUUUUGCCCACAGCCUUCUAGUGGUCAUGUCAUCACAUGAAUCCUAAUUUAAUCCAACAAAUGUAAAGGAAAACACUGAUGUGACAAGAGAUUUGCUUAAUGAAGACGUUGUACCAUUCCUUAAAGAUGAUACCACAACUUGAAUCAGAAGCUAUUUCCAGGAUUUCUAGAGCGCAGAUGAUGUACUAUGGUAUAUGCUGUUUAUUUACCAUAUUAAAAAACAAUGUAAAAACUUUUGUAGGUGAUACACAAUUUGACAUUUGGCUGAAUUUGGAAACCAAGAAAAAGCUUGCUUCCCAAACUUGCAAUUAUAUAGUUAUGCAGUUAGUGAUAUAUGAAGUAUGCACUAUUUUGACUAAGUCCGGGAUGUGAUGUCAACAGAAACAGUGGAACUAAUUCACUCCUGUUGAAUGAAGUCAGUACCAUGUGCAACAAGAUGUCAGAUUUAUAACUCUACUCAUGCAAGGUCUUAUUUCUAUUUGAUGCCUUUUUAAUCUAAAGUUGAAUUCAACUUGAUUGCUAAUUGCUUUGACUUUAAACAUCUCUGCUUUAAAAAAAAAAAAAAAAGAAAACUGUUUAGAGAUUAUCUGUUGCAAAAGAAGACUGACUGGGGCCUGACAAAUAGAUAUCCUUUCUCUCAAACUUACAUGGAAAUAACCAACAGAGGUGAUGGACCAUGACAUUCUACAUAAAAUACAAAUUAUGCAUCAUGCACUUUGGUAGAUUUCAGAAUCAUUAAUUGCAGCUAAAGUCAUUAAAUAUAAACCUAUAUAAGAAAAGUGUCUACGUAGAGAGUGAAUGCACUACACGCUUUUUCAAAACUAAAAUGGUACUUCUCCUUUGUUCUCAUUGUAUGUAUUGUACGUGUGCUCUAAUGCUAGAAACUAUAUAAAAAAAAUAGCUUUUCUGCGCCUUAACCCAUUGACCUUAAUAUAUAUAAUGUUUCACUUUGGCUUAACAUUUUCAUUUAGCCAGUCUUUUUGUCUUGAGAAUAUCUUCUUACAUAAACGCCUCAACCUGAACAUGGGGGAAUGAUGUUAAGCGUGUAUUUCCCCAUGCCCCGAGAGGCAUGUAAGCUAAAAUUGAAAAUGAUCUGCUUAAAUGAAAUAUUGGCUUCUAUUGGUACCAAACAUUUUCUCUGUAGCCUUGAAUCAGAGUUGAUUUAUUUAUGCAGUAUUUAACAUAAUGCAAAAUAUGCAGAUUAGUUAUUUUCAGACUGUUGGUAUGGCUGAUCUAUGAAGGUGCCUUAGCAACAACAGCCUUUCUACAACCCAGGACUGAUCUGUUGGCCAACAGCUGUUGAUUUUUCCCCCUGACACUUUUUUGCAGUGGGUUGUUACAUAUUUUACUUGAUAUAUUUUGUAUGUAAAUGAAAAUUUAAUGUGAUUUUUUUUUUUUAAAGAAAGUGAAUACUAAUGUUGAAAUUAAUUGUAUUGAAAAACAAGCUUAUGUUCAAAUUGCUGUUCUUUUUCUUUUACUUUCUGUACAUCUUGCUUUCUAGUUGGGUUUAUGAAUCCAUGAAUUCAAAAAACAUUGAUCAUGAGGUAAGAAAAUCCCUGCAAGCCUCAGUCACUCUACAUGGGCAGUGACCAAAAAGAAUAAUGUUAAUAAGCCAUGUGUUCAGGUAAUUUUCCAGAUUCUCUUCAUGAGGAAUUCAUGUUUCCCUCGACAAUGUUAUUAAAUGAUGAUUAAUGUACUAUGCAAUAGACAUGGCCAUCCAAAGAGACCAUGGGAAGGAACAACUAACCCAGGGAGUGAUAAUGCAAGGCCAUUAAGUAUUAUGCAUAUUGAAAUAACUACAAAUAGAAAAUAGUGCAUGCAAAAGGAAUUAUUUUAAGUCAGUCAUUUUACAUGGAUACCUCUGAGAUAUAAACUGUGAACACACUACAACAACUGGCCCAGUCCCAUGAAUACACCAUCAUCAAGCAGUUAACACUAAUCGGUGUUCCAUGUUGAUGGUGCCUGUCAACCCACCUUAAUAAUUAGCACAUGUGCAAAAGGAGUGAAAAUGACUGUGACACUGGGUUUUGACAGCAUUAUUUGUGAGCAUUAUUGAAAUCUUGAGUUAUGGACAGCUAUCUUUGAAUUAAGUUUUGUUUCCCCUAUUUUUGAUUGUAUUAAAAAUGAAUUAACUGGU